GUUGAGAGUAGGUGCAAGGAUGGCGGUGAGAGCCGAAGAGUUUGGGUGUGCUGUGGAGAUGCCUUCUGACCCGCCCGAGGGAAGCGUAGGUGCUAGUGCUGAGGACGUAAAUAAAUACAAUCUCCCUGUGGUGAUACUGCUUGGGUGGGCUGGCUGCAAAGAUCAGUAUCUAAUGAAGUACAGCACCAUCUACCUUAAGAAGGGGUGCAUAGUGAUCCGCUACACAGCUCCCUGGAGGUUGGUGUUCUUUUCAGAAUCCAUGGGUAUAAGGUCUCUGCAGAACUUGGCUAAGAAGUUGUUGGAGCUCCUCUUUGCCUACAAAAUGGAGAUGAAGCCCUUGCUCUUUCAUGUCUUCAGCAAUGGUGGUGUCAUGCUGUACCGUUACAUUGUGGAGCUCCUCCACACUCACCGGCAGUUCCAGCACCUGAGAGUGGUGGGCACUGUGUUUGACAGUGCUCCUGGCAGGAAGAACCUGAGAGGUGGUCUCCGUGCCCUGUCGGUUGUCUUAGAAUCAACCAAUGUGUAUGUUAAGUACUUCCUCCUCCUGUCAUUUGCCGUUCUGGUGGUGACUUUGCGGAUCUUGUUAUAUCCUUUGACCCGCUUUGUACAUGAGAGCCAUUAUGAUGCCAUGUUGAAGCAGCCCUCUUUCUGGCCUGAGCUCUACUUGUACUCCAGAGCUGAUGGUGUUAUCCUUGCCAGUGAUGUGGAGACCAUGAUAGAGGCCCGGCGGCAGCGGCAGGUCCCUGUAAAGGCUGUGGAUUUUGUGAACUCUGCUCACGUCAGCCACCUUCGGGCACACCCCGCCUCGUACGUGACUCAUUGUAUCUCCUUUAUGUACAGUUGCUUAGAUUCACUAAAGUGACAGACAUAUCAAGCGCAAGCUGCCUCUUGAUGGAAGUUAGUGCUGCUCUGAAUAAAAUCUAGCCCUGCAAAGGAUUUCUUGGAACCCAAAUAUUUCAAAUUCUCACACUGCUGAGCAGUGGAAUGUGGGUUUGCUAGACAAAUCUGGGAAAUCCUAGACUGAUGCAGCAUGUAGUGCAUUGCUUCUGUUUGCCCGUGGAAACAGAAUGUGGAAAGUGUUUUGUACUUGGGCUAUGUGUGCUGCUUGCAUGUAAGGAAACAUGCACAAACACGAACAACCUCAUGCCAAGAGAGGCUGAAUCUAUA